AUGACGAAUGCUCCGCUGAGACCCCUCGAGGGUAAACUGGCCAUUGUCACUGGCGCCUCCCGCGGGAUCGGUGCCUCGAUUGCCCGCCAUCUCGGUGCCAAGGGAGCCUCCAUCAUCGCCGUGUACACCUCCAACUCCUCGACCAAACUUGCCGAGGACUUGUGCUCGGAACUUGCCUCCCAACACGGUGUCAAGGCCAUCCCCGUCCAGGCCGACUUGAGCAAACCCGAGACCGCCACAUCGGCAGUCAUUCAGGCUGCCAAGGACCACUUCAGCACGGACGGCCAGCCGACGAUCAACAUUCUCAUCAACAACGCCGGCGUGGGAGGCGACUACCCGCUCGAGACGGUCCCGGUCGACGAAUUCCACCGCAUCUAUAGCGUGAACGUGCUGGCCCCCAUCCUGAUCACCCAGGCCGUUCUUCCGUACUUGCCCCACGACCGUUCCGGCCGGAUCAUCAACAUCUCAUCCGUUGCCUCUUCCAUGGGCUUCGCCACCCACACGCUUUACGGCGGUACCAAGGCCGCCCUGGAGGCGAUGACCCGCACCUGGGCUCGCGAACUGGCUGAGCGCGCGACUGUCAAUGCGGUCAACCCGGGCCCCGUCGAGGGAGACAUGUACUUCGCUGCCGGUGAGAAGUUCUGGAAGCAGAUGGAGCCCUUCCAGCUAAACUGCCCCCUGUCCGCCGUCCGGGAGGGCGUGGACAGCCCUUCGCUGGUCAAGCUUGCCCAGGAGAAAAUGGGUGGCCGCCGACCCGCGUACUGGUCCGAGGUCGCAGGCGUCGUCGGGAUGCUGUGCACCGAGGACUCGGCCUGGUGCACGGGCAGCGUGGUCUGCGCCAACGGUGGUUUCCGGUUCACGACUUGA